AGGCAGCAGAUGCAUGAGGACUGCCACGUUGCAUCUUUCUCUUCGGUCACUACUCACUUCCAAAGCUUCAACAGCUCGCGGUCUCUCUCGUGUAUCUGAAGUCUGAGUCAUGGCAUUCACUUAUAGCUGAUGUAAUUGAUUUAGAUGGUAUGCACUAGUUGCUUGGGAUCUGUGGUUGUUGAAGCUGGACAAUUUGGGAUUUUUCAAGCUCCACGGAUUGUGAGAUAUGCAGUGGGAAGGCAGUUUAAUAACUUUGUUCCAAUUUUGAUUGCAACUAGAAACAUAAGCUAUAAUAUUUGGGAUUGUAGAGUUACAACAAGAAGAAAGAUGAUGGCAGAUACUAGUUCAAUGGCUAAACAAGAUGUUAAACCUGAGAAGGAUGAUGACGGUGGCUAUGCCAGUGGAGGAUGGAAGAGUGAAGAUGCAAGGUUGAGUUGUGGUUAUUCUAGCUUCCGAGGAAAGAGAGCAAGCAUGGAGGAUUUUUAUGAUAUUAAGACUUCCAAGAUUGAUGGAAAGACAAUUUGUUUGUUUGGGAUAUUUGAUGGCCAUGGGGGUUCACGUGCAGCAGAGUAUUUAAAGCAAAAUCUCUUUCAGAAUCUGAUGAAGCAUCCAGAGUUCGUAACAAACACUAAACAUGCUAUAAGUGAAACAUAUCAACAGACUGAUAGGGAUUUUUUGGAGUCUGAAAAAGAUUCUCUCCGUGAUGAUGGUUCUACUGCAUCAACAGCAGUUCUGGUUGGGAAUCAUCUAUAUGUUGCCAACGUUGGUGAUUCAAGAACCAUUGUGUCAAAAAAAGGAAAAGCAAUUCCUCUCUCUCAGGAUCAUAAACCAAAUAGAAGUGAUGAGAGAAAGAGGAUUGAAAAUGCUGGAGGUGUUAUUAUGUGGGCAGGCACUUGGAGAGUUGGAGGAGUCUUGGCAAUGUCCCGUGCCUUUGGUAAUCGAAUGCUGAAGCAAUAUGUUGUGGCUGAACCUGAGAUUCAGGAAGAAGUCAUUGAUGAAGAAUUAGAAUUGCUUGUCCUGGCUAGUGAUGGACUCUGGGAUGUAGUACCCAAUGAGGAUGCCGUUUCACUAGCAGAGUCGGAAGAAUCACCCGAAGCAGCUGCGAGGAAGCUGACGGAGACUGCUUUUACCCGUGGCAGUGCUGACAAUAUCACCUGCAUCGUGGUGAAGUUCCAUCACAAGAAGGCGGAGCCUGAGGUAAGCCAACAGGAAGCAAAGAGCUUGUCGACUUCACCUGCACAUAAUUUUUAAAUUAUGUAGGCAAUCUCGUGCAAAGUGCUAGCUUAGCUCGAUGCACCAGCAGCUGGUUUCAACGCAAUGGAGGCUGCCAUGCUGCAGUUAUUUGUUUAUUCAUUUUUCAUUUUCUCUUUAUAAUUUAAUGUUCUUGUUUUCGUCUGUAUUUGGACCUGGUGUAUCUGCUUGUGAUGGUUUGUGUUUCUCCCCUUCUGUAGAGUUAAUAUCUGAUCAGUUAAAACAUAACCAGCGGGAUGUAGUUUAAUAAAGGUGUUUGGUUAAAGUUCAUUAAUCAA